CCCUUUCCCUCCUCCUCUUCUUCUUCCUCCUCCUCCUCCUCCUCUCAGGUCAGCCCUCCGGGACAGAGAGAUGAUCAGACAGGAGGAGGGGGGGUGAUUCGGGCAGACGGUUCUUCGCUUAAACUCCUUUUCUUUCCCACAAUAUGGUGCACUGCUAAACUCUCCUGACGGAAUUGACUGCCAUUAUCGGAUUACAGCUCUGCAGUUCUGGAGCUGAAGUCGUAGGAAGCGGCUGUUGUUCUUGCCUUUUAUACAAAGUAAAGUUUUGAAGUGUUGCUGCAUUUUAGGAAGAUUUUGAUUUAUUUAUUUAGUUAGUUAUAUUCGCUUUUGGUGUGAUUUUUCUCUUUGCCAGGAAACGGAGCGCAUUACCCACAAAUGGAGACUUAAAUUGUGGUGGCCGCUAAAAGUACUUGGGUUGUGGUCAUUUCUGAAGUUUCCCUGGACAGAAGUUUCGCCCACCUUGACCAAAGGGGUCCAUAUCUUCUUUGUUAUGUCUGUGUCUUCUCUACCAGAAUGGAAGCAACUACUUCUGGAGAGAAAGAGAAGAGAAGAAGAGCAGCGAGAGAGGAGAGAAAAGGAGGAGGAGGAAAAGCUGGCCAGCAUGCCAGCUUGGAAGCGAGGAAUCAUUCAGAGGAGGAAGGCCAAGCAGGAGAGUUUGGGUGACAGGGACAGAGAAGUCUGCUUGCUUCAGGUGGACGCCAGAACUCCUGAUGGAUUGAGUGACACUGACAGCUCCAUUACAGUUAAUCUGGGAAGUGAAAUGUCACUCAGUCCUGAUCCUGGGAUGUGGUUAGACACAGAGGCUAAACCUGAGAGUCAAGUGUCCGUAGAAACCAUUGUUCCGGUUCAUGAGAACCCAUUUAUUCGCACCCAAAGUGUGUGGAGGAAAGGCAAGGAUCCAGAGUCAGCAAAUGAAGUGGAUGUAAAGGAGAAGGAAUAUUUCUAUGUCAGGUCUCAAGAACUGGAGAUGAGUAGAGGACGAGAUAUCGAGCUGAAAAUAGAAAAGUUUAGGGAUUUGACUGAAGGGUGGGAAAAAGACAAGAGUAGGGAAAAGAUUCAGGGAAAAGAAAAGGAGAACAACCAAGAAGGCGAAAAAGAUAAAAAUCAGUGGACAGAAUCUGGUAGCGAUGUACUAAAGGAGCAGGACUUCUUUAAAAUGAAAAAGGAGGAAAAAGAUACUCUUCAACCAUCUGGUCAGUUUCCAUCAGUCCUUCCUUGUCUUCGAACUAUUCGAGCUGACAACAUCAUCAUUAUUGAACAGGACAGAAAAGGGAGCGAUGAAAGGAGGGCAAGAUGGAGGGAGGUGGAAAGGGAGACACCCGAGGAGGACCAGCAAGGGAAAAGAGGGAUGAAGAUGGACCUCAGAGAAAUCCUAGCAGGAGGAGGGAGUGUCACAGAGAUCCGGGCAUCUGAAGUUCUGAUCAUCAAGCCAUCUAUCAGCCCUGAAGGGCGGACAGGAGGAGGAAAGUCUAGAGAAGAAGGAGAAAUGAGGAGCUGCUUGGAUUUAUCCAGAGAUAUGAAAUUAGAAACGACCAGGCUUAGAGAAAAGGAGAAGGAUAGGCCCUGGGGCCAGGCAACGGUUAUUAAUAAAGAAGAUCGAGGAGAAAGCUGUGAUGAUAAUGUUUUUAUAGAGAGGGGAGGGAGAGUCAGCCAGCUAUUGAGUAAGUUCGGAGGACAUCCAACACCUCCAUCUCGGUCCAAAAGUUCAGAUAAUUUCCUCCAACCAGGGAGAAGAAAAUACUCCGGAGAUCAAGAUGAUAGACAAUCUGAGGAGAGAAAGGCAAAUGGAAAGAACGAAAUACUAAGAAGCAUCCCAAAACGCUCCUUUAGCUUCUCAGAUCGAGUCAUUGGUGGUGCGGAGAAUGGGUUAGGGGAUGUGGGGGGUCAAGGGACGACUCGUCCAGAGAAAAACAUUGCUCCCUGGGUAGAUGUAGCAGGGGUAACAAAACUUAGAUCAAGCUACAAGGAGCGCUUUGGAAAGCAGAAAGACUUAAAAACCGAAGAAGAAAAGAGUGAAGUUAUGCAAGAGAAAAGUGAUGCAGAAUUGUGGAAAAAGCAAAGGAGUGAGCUUAAGAAAGUCGAGCCUGUCAAUAAGAGAGCUACAGAGAAGGUAGGGAUUGCAGAUGGAGACAAAGGAUUCACGAUAGCAUCAGUGAAAAAUACAGAAGGGAUAUCGUUCGCCAGAAGAGUACCAAUCAGACAGGAUAGCAGAGCAAGAGCUGAAAAAGAUGCUAAAAGACUGACUUCAGAGAGAAGUUUUGAACAGGAUUCAGAGGCAAGUGAGGCUGGCGGCAUUCAGAGAGAUGACACACUGGGAAGAAAAGGUCAAGCUGAAACAAACUACAUUGGUGUAGCAUCUGAAGAGUCACUUACUCCCACUGAGACUCCUGUAAGUCGGCACAAACAUGAAUCAGCUUUCACAGAGUGCUCCAGUCUCCCCUCCACAGUCCUAGACUGGGCCCCCCACAGAGGGCCUGAGUCGAGUGGUAGCAGACCACAAGGACCUUACCUCAUGCACUCCAAUUUAUCCCAACAAACUAAUGAUCUUAUAAGCAAAAAAGAACAAACACAGGGAACGACUAUCUACAUAAAUGAGAGGGAAGAGAGAGCUAACACAGCUGCACUGGAAAGUCGGAAAGAGGAAUCUAAAAGAGGAAGCCGUACUGGAUCAGAGAGAGAGAUUCCAAGACCUACAAAAAGUACUGAAUCGACUGGGAUCCCACCAGGGCCUUUAGAGGUCCAAAUCCCUAGGACUGUGUUUUAUGUUGCUGAAGAGAUGGUGGAGAGAAAAGGUAGUGAAUGUCGAAGCAGUGAAGGGCAUGACUGGGAAGGAAGGAAUAGAGUGGAAAGGAGGGAUAGUUGGAGGACAGGAAAACCCUUGAGCAGGAUUGAGUCACUCCGAGAGAAAAUUAGACAAAGAGAACUGGAUAAGCAAAGACCAAGAGAGGCCCGGGAUGUAGACAGGUAUGAAGCUGCAAACAUCUGUGAUGCCCCAGCAGCUGAGGACAGGUACAAUGGGAGGGGAAGUGAAAUCAAGAAGCAGUGGGAAGCUGCGGCUUGUGUGCAAUCCAGGCCCGCCGAACAAGAGAGUACAGAGGGAAAGUCAGCAGAGCAGACAUCCAUGGUUGCGUGUGACGUCAAACAGGAAGUCAGUAUGUUGAAAACCAACCCUCAGCUUCCUGUUUCUGUCCCCAGCUCACAAGACAGCAACAGAGAGGAAGUGUCAGGCGAGUGUUCGGCUGCUGCCUCCGAAGUUCCCUUUGAAAGCUCCCAGUUUUCUGAGGAUGAAACGGACCCCCUGAAACAUGUAAAGCUGCACACGGAUCACCACAGGGGCCAAUACGAGAGUGCAGAAGAAGAAGAGGAGGAAGAAGAAAGGGAGCUCUCUGAGGAGGAAUUGGAUAAAUACACAUCGUCUACAGAUUCUUUAGGAUCUCUAUCUCCUUCACCACCUCAUCCCAGCUCCCUGGUAGCCAUGAGUCGGAUCUACAACCUAGACACCGUUGGUUCAAGAUCAGGCCUGUAUCUGAGGGAUAGGACAGUAGAUAUCAAAUCCUCUGUGCACCUUGUUAAAGUAAAGCCAUUCAUUUCAAGCUCUCAGCAGGGGGACAGCAAAGGGCCAACAGGUGAAGACCUCUGUGGGGCUCAGACUAUACAGCAACAGAUUGAACAAUUUCAGCUUAAGGAACAGGAUGUGCUGAAGUCACCUGCAAAUACUCCUACAAAAGAAAGAGAAACAAAAUCACAGCAAAGUCCUAAAAGAGAGUUAAAGCCGCAGAGAAAUGAAGCUGAGGAAACACCAGAAUGGACCUCCAAAGAGUCUCCACAGCAUCUUUGUACUCCAACAUCUCAGCUGAAGCAAACUAUCACCAUUAACCCCUCAUUUGUACGGAACCAGUCACCAGAGAACUCUUUGAAACCCACAAACUCUGCUCCGACUCCAGCCUCCUCCCCAUGUUCACCAUCUCCUGCAAAUUCCCCUAGCAUCUCCCCAUCUCCCAGUCCAUCACCCAAGCUCUUCUCCAUCAGGAGUGCAUCUGGGGGCCAAGUAAAGAGAGGUGCUACCAUCACAAUUAACCCAAAAAAAACGGUCGGAGGAGGAGGGACGGGAUCAUCUGCACGGCCCACAGCAGCAUCAGGGUCAGCAAAAACCCCAUCACAGCAAACAAUGCCCCCCACUGUGGAUGAAUCUGCAAAAAAGAGGUAUCCAGCAGUAGAAGAAAUUGAGGUGAUUGGUGGAUAUCAGAGUCUUGAGAGGUCCUGUCUGAUCAAGAGUAAAGUGACACCGAAGAGGGGGAAGGUGUGUUUUGAUGAAGACCAGCUUGAGCAGGUGUGUGAGUACCCUUCAGAGACCUUCAUGCUGACGUUAAGCCCCCUCCCUUAUGACCUUGAAAAGAAAGAGAAGAUGCACAGUGAGGAGGCGCAUAAGGACGCUGGUGAAGGUGAAGGAGGAGCAGCUGUGUUCAAGAACAUGAAGGGCACAGGAACUGCGGCAGGACCUCGACUAAGAGUGGGUCAGUGUCACCCCCGUCUGAGAAAAAAUAAAGUAUGAGUCUUGCCCUCGAUAGAAACCAAUCAUCUUCACCAAAAUUGCCCAUGAGAUGAGAUCAUCGACAUUUAUCUAAAAAAGUUUUAUUGUCUUUUGAUUUAUUAUCGUAUCAUAUUUUUUUUGACAUGUUUAAUCUAGAAUCAGCUCAGUUGAAUUGACGCACUUCUUAAAGGGAGACAUUUAAUUUAAGGGAAACUGAGGGACGGCUUUGAAUGUUAAGCAUGGUACAUAUUUUCCAUAAAACUCAGGUAUGCACUGCUGAGUGAUGAAGAUUAAAUGUCUAUGCAACAAGAAGAAAGUAUUUUAUUUUGGGGUAAUAUAUAAUUUCUUUUAUGUUUGUCUUUCCAGUGUUAGUUUUCUCAGAAAAAUAGAUUUCAAGCAUUUUUAUGUCAUCUGGAUUUAUGUGCCUGCUGGUUUAGCCCAUACAGAUGACAUAAUUAAUUUAAUUGAAUUUUUAGUUUGAAGCCUGAUAAUAAUCCUCCUCUCACUGGGUUUUGGUGCAAUGUGUGACAUGAUUGGUCUUAUUUGAGCUUUUAUAGGUAAUUUCUGUUUACAACAUUAGGUUGUGAAUAUGGACUCAGGUAAAGAAUUUAUUUUUGUUUAUUUUAUUGUCUAUAUGUUGACUGAAUGGGUUUCCCUGAGAGAAAGCUUUAUUAACAACCCAGAUACCAGAUGCACUUCCAGAUAUUACAGCUGAGUUUGGACUUUCAUGGUGUUUUAUAGAACCUUAAAAUUGGAAUUGGAAACAAUUGUGCAAAUUAUGUGCAUAAAAUGGUUUUGCCAUAAUGGUGAAGGAAGCUGGCUUCAAAAGAGGAAAAAAAGCUAAUAAAGUUUUUUGGAAACAA